AUGGCAGAAGAAACUGAGCGGUCUAUGCCAUUUCGUGGCAGGAAUGCCGCCUAUCGAAAGCCGCCUAACAAGUUCAACAAGCCAAUAUCGACGGUAGUCCCUAAUGGCUCUAGUUCAGUUUCAGCCAUGCUUCAUGCUUUCGAAUCCAUGAACGAGAUGGAAAGAAACAAGCUGAUUCAGAGCAUAGAGAAUCUGAGCUGGACACAAACUUGGGAUUUGACCAAACAGUUCGACAAACAGAGGAGAGGAAAAAUGCCCCCACAGCAGCCUUUGCUUGGCAUGGAAAACGAGGGUCACUCUUGCCCUGAGAUGCUUCCUGCAGCGAGGGAUGGACCUGGGGUUGAUCUGGGCAGCAGUGUCUAUGAGUUGCUCGCAAAACCCAGGACUGUCGAAGGCGUUGAGGAACCUGAGCCAUGGGCAACAUCUGACCCACCUGACUACCUUCCUGACGAUGAAAAUGAAGAAAUCAGAAAGAGGAUCAAACGGUCCAACAACGUGGAUUUUCGGACCCAGUGGGAUGCCCAACACCAAAUUGAAGCAAAGGCAUACGCAAAAUCUCGCCGUAUUUUCCCAAGUGUCCAAAAUGGCAUCCUCGCGUUCAAAUCGGAAUACCACAACACUGUUUACGAACCUGAGAGAUCUCUUCUUGAUGACUGGACUUUGGACAUCCGAGAAUUAGAGGAUCUGUGGAACGAGCUCAAACACCGAAUUUCAUCGUUUGAACUUCCCAACACAACUGUCAGAAAACAGUUUCGUAGCUGGUGGGAUCAGCUUCCGGCAGGACGCCAAGUCGACAUCUAUCAUGUUGCCUUCUUUGACGGAACAGCGAUGCCCGAUGGACUGUCUUCCAUGUUUUUGCCUGACACCAAGCAUAUUCCCACCCCUAGGAACAUGAAAGACGAGCUAACACGCCUACAUUGGCACGAGACAACCGAAGGCUACGUAUACAACCUGGGGAAGAUCAACAAAAGACGAAAGAAGAAGGAACAGGAACAACAAGAGCACCUGCGUCGCACAGCGGCCUACCGUGCUUGGCUAGAAUUACCACCGGAUUCUAAAGUUGUUCCACCCGGCAUCUAUCUACGUCCUGCGGAACAGUGUGAUGCUUCAUCUAUCGUUGAGAUCAUGAACUGGUAUGCACAAAACUCAGCUUUGAGCAGUGAAACCCGAUUCAUGGAGGUGAAUGACAUUGGUGAUCUUCUUCAUUUUUGCCGAGAAAACCACUUCCCCUUUGUCGUCGCUGCCCGACGUCCACCGGAGCGCUUGUGUCGUAACCAGAUCGACCCUGUGGUUGGCUAUGCCUAUGUCGAAUUCCAUCGGCAUGGCAAGAGCGCUGACAAGCACAUGGGUGAGCUGCAUGUCUUCGUCCAAGAGGGCAGCAAGAAGCAGCACAUUGGAUGGGCACUUGUCGAUAUGGUCCUCUCCUGUUUUGUUGUGACCUCUGGACCAAGCAAGAAUUAUGAGUUUGACCAAACUGGUACAGUGCAGUAUGGUGCAGGCUAUGGCCGUCCUCUCAGAUCAAUAGUUUGCGCCAUUGCAACAUCCCCGGAGACCCAGGAGAAGAAUACCUGGAUCAAGAAGUGGUUGGAGAGGGACUUUGGCUUUACGGAACAGUGUGUUUUCGAAAAUGCGAGGGUAAAGAGUGGCAAGAGGUAA